AUGAGUUCUCCACCGGAGCCGCCGCCUUCAGCUUCAAAGGAGUUUAUAAGGUGUUGCUUGCAGACAGGAUCCUCUAGGCCGUAUCGGGUUGAUAAUUGGUGUUUACAGGCAAAAGAGGUGGUGGACUUCAUCUCUGCCACUUGGGCUAAUCAGUUUUUAGGCUCUCCAAUGUUUAUUGUUGCGACUAAAUUAUGUGUGAUUCGGAGGUUUUUGAUGGCCUGGUGCGUUAAGAAUAAGCGUUUCUGGGGUAUUGACUGGAGGCAGUUAGCUUCAGUUGUUGCUAAUGCGGCUUCAGGCCUGGCUCCGGGUCCAUCAGCUGCCUUAUUCAUCAACACAAGGGAUGAAUAUGUGGCUCGAGCAGAGGCCGCAUUUAUGUAUUGGAAACAACGUUCUAAGAUUAAGUGGGAUGCCUUUGGGGAUUGCCAUUCGAAAUUGUUGUUUGCUUCUGUGCAAGCUAGGAAGCGCAAGAACCGUAUUCUUAGCCUUCAGGACUCUUCGGGUCGUUGGAUUUCCUCAGGUCAGGGGCUUAGGGGUCUAAUUUUGGACUUCUACUCCGACCUUUUUCGGGUUCAUGAUCCUUUUGAACCUCUCACUUAUGAUUGGGAUUCGCUGCAUUUACCAGGAAUUUCCGAGUCUGACAAAGAGGUGUUAAUGGUCCCUUUUUUACCUGCUGACAUUCGUUCAGCCAUGUUUGACAUUGGGGAUUCCAAAUCUCCUGGUCCGGAUGGGUUUUCGUCGGCUUUUUUUAAGAAGCACUGGAAUAUUGUUGGGGACCAGGUCGUGUCGGCGGUUCAGUAUUUCUUUGCGCAUGGUCAUAUGCUAAAAGACUGGAAUCGUUCCUUUCUUGUGCUUAUUCCGAAGAUUGAUCGCCCUCAUCUCGUAUCUCAGUUCCGUCCUAUUGGGUUGUGUAAUGUCAUUUAUAAAUGCAUUGCUAAAUGCAUUACUCACCGUCUGCGUUCGGUCCUUCCGUCCUUAAUCUCGGAUACCCAGAAUGCUUUUGUUCCAGGUCGUCUUAUGUCAGAAGAGUGUUUGAUUGCUCAUGAACUUAUAUCGUAUGUUAAUGCUGCAAAAGCUAAAAGGCGUUUUUUCGCAGUUCUCAAGCUAGAUAUGAACAAGGCUUAUGAUAGAGUAAGGUGGGAGUUCCUGUUUCAAGCUCUCCGAGCGUUUGGGUUUCCUCCGUACUGGGUAAACAUUAUCCGUCAAUGUGUGACUUCGGUUUCGUAUCAGGUCCUAGUGAAUGGGGAGCCGUCUGUGUCUUUUCAGCCUCGGUGUGGUCUCCGGCAAGGGGACCCUUUAUCUCCGUAUCUUUUUGUUCUUUUUAUGGAGGUUUUGUCAGCUUUGCUUAGACAGGCGGAGUCCCGAAAGAUUAUUCAAGGUAUUUCUAUUGCCAGAGGUGCCCCACCUGUUUCUCAUCUUUUCUUUGCGGAUGAUUCCCUGUUAUUCUUUAGGGUGUCUCCUAAAGUGUGUGACGAUGUUCUUGAUCUUCUUUCGGGGUUCAGCAGCAUUUCGGGUCAGGUUAUUAACUAUCAGAAGUCUUUCGUCAAAUUCAGUCCGAACACUCCAUCGGAUUACCGGGAUUACUUAGCUUCUUCGUUACGCCUGGGCCAAAGGGCUUCGUUAGGGCCUUAUCUGGGGGUGCCUGUGGAUUUAGGAAGGUCGAAGUGUUCUUCUUUCUAUGACCUUGUGGAUAAGAUCGCGCGUCGUCUAGCUAAUUUUGGUUCGUUGCACCUGUCUUCGGCGGCUAAGUUGGUGGUUAUUAAUUCAGUUUUGAUUGCUUCUAUUACUCAUGUGCUUUCGGUUUUUAAGAUUCCUCAGUCGAUUUGUGACCGUAUUGAUCGUCUUUGUCUGAGGUUCUGGUGGAGAACGUCUAAGGCUUCUCGGGGUAUCUCCUUGAUUUCGGCUGCAACGGUUCAUUUGCCUAAGGGUAUGGGAGGCUUGGGAAUUCGGAAUAUAAGAAUGUUUAAUCAGGCUUUGUUGGCCAAGUCAGCUUGGAGGAUGGUGCAUAAUCCGCAACUCUUGGUCUCGCGCAUGUUCAAAGCUAGAUAUCCUGCCUUGUCUCUUCGGAAUGGUAAUCCUAGAGUUUCUCGGCCUUCUUGGGGUUUCAGGAGUUUAGCUCAGGGUUUUCAGGUGCUAGGAUUGGGUAUAGCUUGGAAGCCGGGGUUGGGCACUAAGGAUGACAUUUCGAUCCAAAUUCUAGCCUUGGAGCGCCCAUCAGCUCCUAUGGAUGAUUUUGUCUUUUGGAAUUUCUCUCUUGAUGGUGUGUUCUCGGUUCGCUCUGCUUAUGCUAUGUUAUUGCGUAAUAAUCAUAAUGUUGCUUCUCCGGCUUCUAGUCCUUUUGCGGAUUGGUGGAAGCACUUAUGGGGUUUGCAUAUUCUUCCUCGUUUUAAGGUUUUUAUUUGGAAAUUGGUGCGACAGGGGCUUCCGUUGGCAGCUACUCUUCAUCAGCGAGGCAUGUCGAUCGAUCCGUCUUGCUCUUUCUGCCACCUCGAUCCAGAAACUUCUUCUCACUUAUUCAGGGACUGCCCUGUGAUUGCUCAUGUGUGGACUUCUGGUCCUCUUAGGACUUUCUGCCCGACUCAUUCCGCUGGUUUGUUUGUUGACUGGUGUGUUUGCUUUGUGUGCAAUAUUCUGUCUUCUCCAUUACAUAAUGCGCUUCUUGACCUUCUUGGCUCUAUCCUUUGGAGUAUUUGGGGUAUUUGUAAUGGGAUUCGGUUCCGUAAUGCGGUGUGGGAUCCUGGGGCCCUUUCAGUUAUGGUUCAGGGUUGGGAGUCUAGGUGUAUGGCGGCUCAGUUGCUCCGUCGUCCGAUUCUCUCUCCGCACUUGAGAAAGGAUCUUAUUCCCCUGAAGUCUCCAGCUUGGAGUUCUUCUCUGAUCUCUGUGCAGGAUAUGGGUUUUGAUGUUUGCAUUCUGUUUGAUGGGGCUUGGGAUGCUUCUUCAAAUAAUGCUGGGAUUGGCUGGAUUAUUCAAGAUCCUUCGUCCCUUCUGUGUAUUGGGGGUGGGGCUCAGGCUUGUAUUCUGGGGUCUGCUCUGCAGGCUGAGCUUUCUGCUUGCUUAGGGGCGAUCAAAAUGGCUCUUCAUAAGGGUUUUUCGAGGCUAAUGUUGUGCUCAGAUUGUGCGGUUCUAGUCUGUCUGUUAUCCAGGGAUGACAUCGCUCCGGUGGCGGUCUCUUGGAUGGUUCAGGAGAUUCGGGAGCUGCUUCGUUUAUUAUCUAAAGUUAGUAUUCGCAAGGUCUCUCGUCGUUUAAUUGCUUCGGCUCAUGACCUGGCCACUUCCGCCAGGGAAAGGAAGCUUCUUAGUUAUCGGUUUUAG